AAAUUUUUCAAACUGCAGCACAUGCUGAUUCCGGGCGUUCGAUUACUACCGAGGAUAGUUCGAAUCGGCAUCUUGUAUUUUCGAGGAUACAUUGGGGCCGGCAAAAAGUAGUAGUGUCUGACGCUGGUGACCUUUCCAAUCAGAAUUAGUCAAAGGGUGUCCUGAGCUUGAGGCUUUUUAAAAACGGCAAGUUUUCUCAGGUAUCGGUACGGCCCUAUUUCAACAAAUCUUAAUUCAUUGUACUAGUGUACACUCUCAAGCCCACUAAAUAGUCACAGGGAGCGAAAUGACUUCGAUUUGAAGUGAAACGACUGGGGUCGAAAUGGUUAGGAAGCGAAAAUCCCGGAUAUCGGUGCGCGUGCGCGUUCAAGAUGGCGACCACCUGCGCCGAAGAAAUUUUGUAAAAUAUUUGAGAUAUUUUAUCGAUUUGAAGCACUUAUCGGUCAACAUUUGCCAUCGCACAUCAACUCUAAAGUUUCAUUAGAAGGAAAAAUGGCUCAGAAAGAGAUUGAUCGGCUUCUUGACAUGGUCGAUUCUACCAACCAACAACGCUUACAGUUGACAGAGCUCCUGCAAAGUCUGCAGGAAGCCAAGUCACAGGUUACCAAUAGUGCAUUAGCGUCAAAACAACUACUGGAGAAGCAUUUCCGUGAGUUGAGGAAUGGUAUCUGUGAAACUUUGGAUCAUCGACUUGAUGAACUUGUGUCAGAAGUGGAAAAGAUAGAGAGUACAUCUCUUGAGCCUUUGGUUGAAAGUGAGGAGCUCAUCCAGAAAAACGUGCGAAUUGCUGCAGAUAUUAUGGAUGAAGCCAAGUCUAUUUUGAUGACAAAACCAGAGGAGAAUUUAGAAGGUCUUCAAAAAUUCAAUGUGAAGGCAGAGAGGAUUGCACCAUCAAACCUGCCUGAAGCUCCUAGUCUUUCAAGCAUCGCCUGCAUCAGUGUUGACCUGCCAAGCCAUGUGCUCUCCGAUGCCGUACAGAGUAUAUCACAACAUGGAAUCGUCAUGUCGAAGCCACCUGUCCAUAUAACUGAUGUCGAGGAAAGACCUGGUGCUUUAUUAUUAACUUGGGCUGAGAUUGAUGAAGAUAUUGAUGUAUGUGAAUUUUUGGUUCAGUACGGAUCGGGUAAUCUUACUGAGACUGAAAACAACAAUGGCAAUUUCUGUGAUGUUUACCAAGGCCCUAAUACAUCGUCUAUUGUGAGGAAUCUCAAACCAAACCGGCCAUAUACGUUCAGGGUGUCAUGUCGUGGUGAUAACAAGGGCAGGUGGAGCCCUUGGAGCAAGAGUGUAGUUGCAUCAACGAGUCUACAUCACCAUGAAUGGCAGAAUCACAGUGAAGGCUACUAUACAACUGUUGAUAAUAUGUUUGGUACUAAAGAAACGCCUUGCUGUCCACUAGUCCUGUAUUCCAAAGAAAAUAGCUAUAUCUGUGGUCAUCAGAUCUGUUUCAAGAUAAUAGAUAUUGGUGUACCAGACCCUAAUGAUGCCAUUGGAUUAUGCAUUUCUGACAAGCAGAGAGAAAUUCUGGGAGGGCCUGGUGUGCUGUGUAUAUCAAUGCUUGGAAAAGUCCAUGUGGAAGGUCAGGAGAUUGUCAACCAACUGCCAGCUUUAGUGAAAGGCUCAACGCUGACCAUUCAAACUGAACUUUUGAAUCAAUACAAAGUACGUGUUACCAUAGAAACGGGAGAGCGAGAAAUUACAGUGGAUUGGAAGCUGAAAGAUGUUGAAAGUCCUAUGAUCAGCUCUGGUGGAAAUCCAUUCGCUUUAGGUGGCAUCAUGAAGGAGAUGAUAGAUCCACCGAGAUUAUAUUUUGCGAUGUGUUUCAUAAACGAAGGAUGGAAAGUCUCAGUGGAAUAGCAUCCUCAUUUGAUAUCAAGUGUUUAUUUUAUGCUACAUAUUUAUAUCAUGGUUUUUUGUAUUUUUACCUCAGAAAUUCUGCUUGAGGAGAUAUGUAAACUUUCUAGACUUAUAAAUAUCCUCUCAGUGUGGCAGUUAUUAAUAUGUUGAUUGAGGAUGGAAACAUGUUAUUUGUUUGAGCUGAGUCUAAUUUUCAGUUAUGUGGGUUAUGCACAGGAUUAUCUAAACCCUUGUAGUUGGUGAGUGAAAAUCCGACCGAAGUCUCACUCAAGUUGCCAUCCUUGUGAAUUUAAGUUGUGUGACUGAAAACAAACUUUCUUAAAGGUCGUGUCAUCAUCACAGCUUUAUGAAGUUCAGUGUGGUUAGGUGUGGAUAUGGCAUACUGAUUUUCUCUCGUUCAUGUCCGCGACAUGUGGAUCCCUAACUCAGCAGUUUAAUCAUUGACCUGCAUAGGUGGUGCUAUUCUUUAGAGGGUUCUUUUCUUGGCUGAAAGCUUUAAAAUUAUUUUAUGAACAAGUUUGGGAGAUCGAAUCUAUCUUCUGACGUUAUGAUCUGCAAAGUUUUUAAAGUUUUUUUGCAUGGUUGUUUUUGAAUAGAUGAUUAUCUUUUGGAAGGUGUAGAAGAUAUUCCUCUUUCUGUAAAGCAUCGAAGUAAAACGAAAUCAGUUAGUAGCCAUUUGACAACCAACUUGUUUUUUUCUUUGCAGCGUGAUUGGCAACUUACUGUGUGUUGUUAUCGGUUGUCAAAAUGUUAUUGCAACCAUGUGAAUGAUAUUAUCAUGGAUGAGCUUCAGCUCAUUGUGUCUUACCUGUGUACGGCUUGACUGAUCCAUGUUUGUUAUAGGGUGUAAGGCAUUUGGUGAAGGAGUUGUUAUGUGCUAGUGUUGGUCAGAUAUCUAUACGUAUUGUUAAAUUAUAAACACAAAUAUUGCUUGAAAGAUUAUUCAUCUAUCAGUUUGGAUUGUAGUUAGUUGUAGUAAGGUGGCCUUGAUUUGUUGAGAAGUUAGCUAUGAUAAUAAGACUGUAGGAUAGCAUGCCUGGUUGACAUUCAACUCUGUUCAGCCUGGCCUAUCUGGCGUGGCCCUGAUCAGUAUUAAUGGGAUGGGAUUUUACUGUUUGGCAAAAAGUUAGGUGUUCAGCGAAAUCCAGAUGCCAUACAUCUAUGCACCAUUUUACCGGCUUGAUAUUUGAAGGGCAAUUUCAACUUUGCUCAUUAACACAAACUUUAACACAAACUAUUCAAAUGACACCUUUGCUUCAACAUUUGAAUGAGUCGCCAAUGAAUGUGCUACCUGCUGUAUCCUGCCGUGGUGUCGUCUGCUGAAGAAAUCUGAUCAAUGGUGGAAUUAGUUUCACCUUGGUUUCCUGUCAAUGUAAUCAGAACAAACUUUACUUUAAGUUGUCAAAGUAGGUGCUAGUGCAAUGUGAUAGUUUUGUUCUGAGGCCUGUUAUCGCUUCAGUGAGUUGGUGGUAAGCACAAGUACAAUGUACAUGUAUCUUUAAAAGGGUUAAAUUAAUGGUGCAUCAUAUUAAAUGAUUCACAGUAUGCGCAACUUCCAAACUACUCGUGGAAUAUCAGUUCAAAUCAAUGCAACCAUUACCUUCUUGGCCAUUGUACAUUUCAGAUCUAUUAUUGUUUACAUAGACUAUUUAAAAAUUUGGUUAUAUUGAGCAUUUCACACACAUGUACGUAGGUGUGCUCCAUUAUUGAGCAUGUCACACGCAUGUAGGUGUGCUCCAUUAUUGAGCAUGUCACACACGUAGGUGUGCUCCAUUAUUGAGCAUGUCACACACAUGUAGGUGUGCUCCAUUAUUGAGCUUGUCACGCAUGUGGGUGUGCUCCAUUAUUGAGCAUGUCACACGCAUGUGGGUGUGCUCCAUUAUUGAGCAUGUCACACACAUGUAGGUGUGCUCCAUUAUAGAGCAUGUCACACGCAUGUGGGUGUGCUCCAUUUGUGGACCAAUCAAGCUGGGAAUGUCUUUCACUGUUCUCAGCCAACUCCAUGUACUUGGAAUUACCUAUUAGCCACUAAUCACUUGGUGGCAUUGUGGACUUGGUUGGGACAUUGGCCAACUAUAUGGUUGUAUGAUGCAUGUAGCCAGCUUUCUCUGGAACAACCAAGAUAUUUUGCAUGAUCAGCACACAGUUGUACAUGUAUUUUAUGAUAUCAGCUAGACCACAUCAAAUAAGUACAUGCACUGCUGCUUAAAGGGAACUGGAACCGCCGAGCGAUUUAUUCAACUUUUCCACUUUCACCGCCCGAGAAAGUCAAACUGCCAACUUCCUAUUCGAGUUCAGAUUUGUAGCUCCGCCCCCAGUGCCCGAGCAUGCGCAGUUCAAUUUGUUAUUAUUGAGAAUCAGGUGAGAAUCACGUGAGUCAUGCGAUCUUUCAUUCAUGAGUUUUCGUAGUAAAUUCCAUAGUAGUGACGUCACUCAAUGAUUGACAGCUAGGCGCCAUGUUUCAUUCAUGCCUCGUUCUGAUCACCGGAUACGCGGGAAUUGAAAACGAGGUCAUACGAACUGGCUUGGCGGUUUCAGUUCCCUUUAAACAGUCGAUCUAUGAGCAACCCUCAAAAUGGUGGUAUUAAUAUUGAUGUGGACUACAAGUUUCCAUGAUGAAGAUGUUUUUUUGACCGCAUGAGUGAAACAUACUCUGCGACAGUUUUGAUGUGGGUUCAUGUGAAAGGAAGGAAUGUCUGUUUGCAUCACUAGUUCUUCUGGUCAAUAACACUAUUAUCAUGAUGAAUAAAAUACAAGUCAUUUUGCAGA